UUGCAAUAAGAGGGCCUUUUAGAGCCACGCCUGUUGCGCCAUGGCGUUCCAUUGGUGUGAUAGCAACCUGCACACCACAGCGUAUACCCCUCGCGACUUUCAAGUUGAAUUGUUGGCUGCCGCCUACGAGCGCAACACCAUCAUCUGUUUGGGUCACCGCAGUUCCAAGGAGUUUAUAGCUUUAAAGUUGCUGCAGGAGCUAUCGCGACAGGCACGACGGAAUGCUAAAGUGAGUAUCUUCCUGAGUUGCCACGUGCGGGCAGAGCACACACCCACAUCCAUGUACACAAUGCUCACACAUCUGACGGAUCUCAAAGUAUGGCAAGAACAGCCCGAUCAGCUGACGACCAGCGAACACUGCUGGACUGACUACAAUGUAAGCAUACUGCAUCCAGACACAUUUCAUGGAUUGCUACGUAACAAGCAGCUGAGCUUGGCAAGCGUACAAUUACUAGUACUGGAGGAUUGCCAUGACAGCGUUGUCUACCGCAGUAUGUUGCCCAUUUUCGAGGAUUAUCUGCUGCCCGCAGCCGCAGACAGCCCGCGCAUACUAGGACUCGCUGGUCCACUGCACAGCGCUGGCUGUGAGCUGGAGGAACUCAAUGCCAUGCUGGACACAUUGGAGAAGCAGAUGCAAUGCCGCAUUGAGACAGCCAGCGAUAUAGUCACCGUUUUACGCUACUGUGCCAAACCGCAAGAGUACAUUGUACAGUGUGCACCAUUUCAAAUGGACGAACUGUCCAGUGUGAUAGCCGAUAUACUCAAUACGCACAAGUGCUUCCUGCAAGAUCAUCGCUACGAUCCCUUUGAGAUAUACGGCGAAGAUCAAUUUAUGGAUGACUUGAAAGAUAUUCCUGAUCCUAAACUGGAUCCGCUCAAUGUGCUCAAUGAUUUGUUGGACGUGCUGCAUGAGAUGGGACCUUGGUGCACUCAGCGUGUGGCACAUCAUUUUUAUCAACGCAACGAAAAGCUCAAAGUAAAAACACCACACGAGCGUCAUUAUCUUCUGUUCUGCCUGGUGAACACGGCCUUGGUGCAAGUGCAUACGCUUUGCGAGCAAACAUUCCAACAGGACCUAGCGGAACACCCGGACCAAGCACGCAGCGCCAUUGAGCGUUACUCCAGCCCCAAGGUGUGUCGACUGCUAAAAGUUCUGCGUUGCUUUAAGCCUACAGAAAGCCAGCCCCAAUCCCAGACGACAGCUGAAAAUUUGCGCAAACUGCGUCAGCAGGUGGAGCAGACAGAUUUUAAUAAAUUGACGCAUGCGUUGAACACACAGUGCAAGUUGGUGGAGAAGCUUGAAGUUCAGCAACCAUCAGCGGAGACUCACUCUUUAAAGUCCACUCUGGAGAAAAUGCUUCAGCCCACAGAUAAAGCUGAUAAAGUGCCACUGGAGAAGCCACCUAGUAAAGCUGGCAGAGCAAAGUCCAAUACGCAACAACAAGCGCGCUCAAGGCGCCCGCAUCCGAGGCGUUAUAAUCGCUAUCAGCAUGACACUAGCGAAAUCCUCUGUGCAUUAAUUUAUUGCAAUCAAAAUCACACAGCACGCGUGCUUUUCGAGCUGCUGGCGGAGAUGAGUAGACGUGACAGUGAGCUCAAAUUUCUGCACUGUCAGUUUACAACUGAUCGUGUUGCGGAUCCCACCACAGAGCCUAAGGAAGCGGAGCAAGAGCACAGACGACAGGAGGAGGUGCUCAAGCGUUUUCGCAUGCACGACUGCAAUGUGCUCAUUGGAACCUCUGUACUAGAGGAGGGCAUUGAUGUGCCUAAGUGCAAUCUGGUCGUUCGCUGGGAUCCACCCACUACCUAUCGCAGCUAUGUGCAGUGCAAGGGACGCGCACGUGCUGCGCCCGCCUAUCAUGUCAUGUUGGUGGCACCCAGUCUGGAGCAGUCCAAGCCAGAUGCGGUGCAAUUAGGCACGCGAAGUCAUCGCUUCAUCUGCGGCAAAGGUGCUGCUGCUGAGGAGCUGGACAGCGAUUCGGAUGAUUCAGCAUUGCCCACCUCGUUGGCCUCCGAUCCCUAUACAUUUGGCACAGCGCGUGGCACGGUGAAAAUACUUAAUCCUGAAAUAUUCAGCACUAAGCCGCCCACUGCCAGUGGCAUUAAGCUGGAGGAGAUACAAGAUGAGGCGCCCAUACCACCCGAUGGCGGCAACUCCAGUGAUGAAGCCCUAAGUCUAACUAAUACAACACCCAGCGAAGCAAGCCAUGAGCCCUCAUGCACACCGAAGCGGCGUUCCGGCUGCGAACUGGACAUCCUGCCCACUCCAGAAAGUGCAAGUGAGGCUGCUGCUCCUGAAGAUAGUCUGGCCUGCACCACGCAAGCUUUGGUGCACCAAAUGGCGCAAUAUCGCGAAAUUGAAAAAAUGCUGCUGUCCAAAUGCGCCAAUGCUGAACCCGCGGAUGAGGAGCAACAGCAGGCGGAGCGCUUUACCAGCUGCCUGGCCGCUUAUAAGCCUACUCCAGGUGCCAGCGUUGAUCUCAGCACAGCUGUUGCCUUAGUCAACAAAUACUGUGCCCGACUCCCUAGCGAUACCUUCACCAAGCUGACAGCAUUAUGGCGCUGUGCGCGCACCGAGCGUCGAGGAGUAGCUUACUAUCAGUAUACCUUACGCCUGCCCAUAAACUCACCGUUGAAGCAUGAUAUUAUUGGUCUGCCCAUGCCCUCGCAGAUCUUGGCGCGUCGCAUGGCGGCCUUGCAGGGCUGCGUGCAGCUGCAUUGCAUGGGUGAACUGGAUGAUAAUUUGCAGCCCAUUGGCAAGGAGGGCUUUCGCGCUAUAGAGCCCGAUUGGGAGUGCUUUGAUCUGGAGCCAGAGGAUGAGAAGAUUGUGCAACAGAAUGAUGAGCCACGUCCGGGCACCACCAAGCGGCGUCAGUACUAUUACAAGCGCAUUGCCUCUGAGUUCUGCGACUGUCGUCCAGUGGCUGAUGUGCCAUGUUAUCUGUACUUUAUUGAGCUGAAGCUACAGUGUCCAAUACCAGAGGAGCAGAAUACGCGCGGUCGCAAGAUUUAUCCGCCGGAGGAGGCGCAGCAGGGCUUUGGCAUACUCACACUCAAGCGCAUACCUAAGCUCAGCUCAUUUUCCAUAUUCACUCGCUCUGGCGAGGUGAAAGUUUCGCUGGAGCUGUGCGCAGAGCGAGUUGUGCUAAGCCAAACGCAGAUCGACUGCAUCAAUGGAUUCCUUAACUAUACAUUUACUAAUGUGCUGCGUCUGCAAAAGUUUCUGAUGCUCUUUGAUCCGGAUUCUUCGGAGAAUUGUGUAUUCAUAGUGCCCACCAAAAAGUGUCCGCAGGGCAAGAACCUAAUUGACUGGCAGUUUCUGGAGCUGAUACAGGCCACGGGCAAUAUGAUGCCGCAACCAGUGACUGAGGAGGAGCGCCAGGCGCAGCCUUUUGACCCGCAACGCUUCCAAGAUGCUGUCGUCAUGCCUUGGUAUCGCAAUCAGGAUCAACCUCAAUAUUUCUACGUGGCCGAAAUCUGUCCGAAUUUAUCGCCGCUCAGCUGCUUUCCAGGCGAAAAUUAUCACACCUUCAAGCAUUAUUAUCUGGUCAAGUAUGGACUUAAUAUACAGAACUCAACACAACCGCUGUUGGAUGUGGAUCACACAAGUGCGCGCUUGAAUUUUCUUACCCCACGCUAUGUCAAUCGCAAGGGCGUGGCACUGCCCACCAGCUCGGAGGAAACGAAACGCGCCAAGCGUGAAAACCUGGAACAGAAGCAAAUUCUUGUGCCCGAACUAUGCACUGUGCAUCCAUUUCCAGCUUCACUUUGGCGCACCGCCGUGUGCCUGCCCUGCAUACUCUAUCGCAUUAAUGGUCUACUCCUGGCCGAUGAUAUACGCAAGCAGGUCUCUGCAGACUUGGCUUUGGGUCAGCAGCAGAUCGAGGAUGAGCAGUUCGAGUGGCCCAUGCUGGACUUUGGCUGGAGCUUGUCCGAGGUGCUAAAGAAAUCACGCGAGACGCGAGAGAAGCCAAGCAACGCGACUGCAGUGGCAAAGUCUACCGAACUGGAGGAGCCAGUGGAUGUCGAGCUGGAGCAAACAGCUACAACAAAAAGCGCCAAUGAACUAAUCAUAGAGGCUGAAGAAGAGCUAGGACAAUCGGAUGACUUUAUUGAGAUUGGCACCUGGUCCAAUGAGAUGGCUGACGAUAUAGCCAGCUGUUCCGAUAUAGAUGAAGAGGAUGAGCACUACUUGCCUGAGCUGCCGGAAAAUAUCAAGUUCUGUGAUGAGCAGACGCGCUAUGGUUCGCCCACAUUUUGGGAUGUGAGCAAGAGCAGCGACUUUAAGCCGCUGCAGCGCUCGGGCAAGUCAGGCAACGGCAACAAAGCUGCUACAGCUGCAGCUAAGCUAACUAAACCUGCCUACAGUUACUACGACUCGGACAAUUCGCUGGACUCCAGCUAUGCUGAUGAUGAUCAUAUGAUGAUCAAUCAGAAUUACAACUACACCACAGAUUCGGACGAUGCGACGGACGAUUUGCGCAUUGAGUUCACCUCGAAGAACGAAGCAGAGACUAUAGAAACAGCACAGGAGCUGGAGAAGCGUCAAAAGCAGUUGUCCAUUAUACAAGCAACCAAUGCCAAUGAGCGGCAGUAUCAGCAGACCAAGAAUAUGCUCAUUGGCUUCAACUUUGAGGAGUCUAGAAGCGACAUCAGAGCAGGCGGCAUUAACUAUGAAAAGUCCAUUGAGUGCUUCAAGGCAGAGAUUGAAAGCUGUGGCAUGCUGGUGCCGCAUGAUCAGGAGCUGCUGCUGCCACGUGCCACAACCAAUAGCAUGGCCACCAAGCAGAGUGCGCUGCAGCUGGAACUGCUCAAGCAACUGCUGCCCUAUGCAGAUGAGGCACAACUGCAAACUAAGUUGAGCAAUAAGAAGCAGCUGGAGCUGCAAGAUUUGUUGGACUUGGAUGCGCUUUGGCUGGCUGAGCAUGGCAGCGAGUCAACCAACUAUCAGGUGCUGGGCUGUGGCGAUAGCUUUGACAACUACAACGAUCAUCAUUGUCUUGAUGCGCAAACCAAAGAGCUGAGCAGUGAAGCGCUGCCUGCUUUGAUGGACACCUCAAGCAGCGAAUUAAGUGAGCCUCUGCCCACUUUGCUCGUCGACAACUUUAGCUUUGAUGAUCAGCCAGAGCUUGUGGGUCACGCUGGUCCUAGUCCCAGCGUUAUACUGCAAGCCCUGACCAUGUCGAAUGCCAAUGAUGGCAUUAAUCUGGAGCGUCUGGAGACCAUUGGUGAUUCGUUUCUUAAGUACGCCAUUACCACAUACUUGUACAUCACCUAUGAGAACGUGCAUGAGGGCAAGCUGAGUCACCUGCGCUCCAAGCAGGUGGCCAACUUGAACCUUUAUCGUUUGGGUCGACGCAAGCGUCUGGGCGAGUAUAUGAUUGCCACCAAGUUUGAGCCGCACGACAAUUGGCUGCCGCCUUGCUAUUACGUGCCCAAGGAGCUGGAAAAGGCGCUCAUCGAGGCCAAGAUACCUACGCAUCAUUGGAAGCUGGCCGAUUUGCUGGACAUUAAACAUUUGAGCAGCGAGCAAAUCUGUGAGCUGGUGCGUGAAAAGGCAGAGCUAUUGGGCUUGGAGCAGCCGCCGCCGCCGGCGCCACCAGCACCCCCUCCGGCCUCUGGCCUGGAUGACUCCACUGAAUCAAAUGACUUUAGCUGCUUUAUACCCUACAAUCUGGUGUCGCAGCAUAGCAUACCAGACAAGUCCAUAGCUGACUGCGUGGAGGCUUUGAUAGGCGCCUAUCUAAUUGAAUGUGGACCACGUGGCGCGCUGCUCUUUAUGGCCUGGCUGGGAGUGCGUGUUCUGCCCUACACUUUAGAGCCGGCGGCAGCGGAUGAAGCAAGUCGCUUGCCCGGCACAAGCAAACCCAAUGCUCAGAACAUGGUCACCGUGUAUGGCGCCUGGCCGCGACCACGCAGUCCGCUGCUGCAACAUGCUCCCAAUGCCAGUGUGGAGCUAGAGCAGCUGCUCAGCGGCUUUGACGACUUCGAGGCUAGCUUGGGCUACAAAUUCCGUGAUCGCUCCUACUUGCUGCAGGCCAUGACACAUGCUAGCUACACGCCCAAUCGCUUAACCGACUGCUAUCAGCGUCUGGAGUUUCUGGGCGAUGCAGUGCUCGAUUAUCUUAUAACGCGUCAUCUGUAUGAAGAUCCACGCCAGCACUCCCCAGGCGCACUUACCGAUCUGCGUUCGGCCUUGGUUAACAACACCAUCUUCGCCUCCUUGGCGGUGCGGCAUGGUUUUCAUAAAUACUUUCGCCAUUUGUCUCCUGGCUUGAAUGAGGUCAUUGAUCGCUUUGUGCGCAUUCAACAGGAGAAUGGACACUGUAUCAGUGAAGAGUACUAUUUGCUCUCCGAGGAGGAAUGCGAUGAUGCCGAAGAUGUUGAGGUGCCCAAAUCGCUGGGCGAUGUCUUCGAGUCCAUUGCAGGUGCCAUUUUCUUGGACUCCAACAUGUCACUAGAUGUGGUGUGGCAGGUCUACAGCAACAUGAUGAAACCGGAGAUUGAGCAAUUUAGCAAUUCAGUGCCAAAGUCACCCAUACGUGAGCUGCUCGAGCUUGAGCCCGAGACAGCCAAGUUUGGCAAGCCCGAAAAGCUGGCCGAUGGACGUCGCGUGCGGGUCACCGUUGAUGUAUUCUGCAAGGGCACCUUCCGUGGCAUUGGACGCAACUAUCGCAUUGCCAAAUGCACGGCAGCCAAAUGUGCGUUGCGUCAGCUUAAAAAGCAAGGACUAAUAGCCAAGAAAGACUAAGACAGCCAUUUAAUGUGAAUAACUCUAGUUCUGGUUGUAGUAGUUGCUACUACCUUUGCUCCAAUAUAACGUAAUUGUUGAUAACCAAUGUAUAUGCUUUACGUAUUCUGUAGAACACUAUAUUUUUUAUGAAAAAAAAAAAACAAAACAAUUAUUUAAGAACACGCUCCUUUAACGACUGAGUUUUAAAAUAUAUUGUAGUCUAGUUCCCAAAUACAUAAUAACGAUUUUAAUGUCCCAGUCCAUCUUCUGAAUAACCCUGAAUAAAAAGCAUUUGGUGUAUAUAAAAACUAAAACUUUACCCAAUAAUAAAAGUUUGUUUAUUACAGUUUAGUUUUGUUUUGGGUUGGGGCAAGUUUUGCAUAUACAUUAGUGGAUUAUGUAUUUGUUUUGUUACAUUAUGUGAAUUAAUUUUGAUUAUGGAAUGGUUAACUAAAUCUAUGCGUUUGGUAAAUACGAGUAUAUGCGAAUGCGUUGCUUCGAUUGAUUGGACUGUGGUUAAAAACCUAAAGCAUAACUUUGGCCGAAAUAUUUACAGUUAAACUAAUUUGAUAAUUUGGAUGGGUGUGGGGUGGUGGGGUUGGGUGGUGAAUAUUAAAAUCAGCAUCAUUGAACAUAUUUUGUUUAUACUUGUAGCUAUUUGAAUAAUUCAUAUAAUCACUAACAAUAAAUUUGUUUUUAAUUAGUAUAUGAUGCAUUUAGUUUAAUUAUAGU